AUGGUUGUCUCACUCUCAUCGCAUGAAGGGAAUGGUGGCGGUUCCGUAGACCCCGCGUCAGCAGCAAAUCUCAUCCUCCAUAACAAUCUUUGGCUGGUCAUGAUCUCAAAUUUACAACUAAUAACACUCUCAUUUUCAAGCCACGGCGGUCGUUCGGUACUAACAGAUGAUUUUCAUCUAGUGUGUUUGGAUCAAAAGACCUUCGGAGAUUUCCUUUUCCACUGCCUCCCGCGCCGAAGACAACAAUCCCAUUUCAAACUAGGGUGUCUGCAUCUGUCGGAGAGAAAAUCUCAUCGGAAUCCACAAGACAUCUGGAACCUCACUUAUCAUUAUUUUGUCAAGAUGUACAUUCCACGACAACUCCACGACCUUGUUCACCACGGACCUCGAGGUGGUAAGAAGAGCGAGAAAGGAAGCUUCUGCUUUUAA